GAUGAGAUUUGCUUCUUUUUUGUGUUUUUGACUUGCUGCGUUUUGCCUCUUCAUUGGAAAAAAAAACCCUUGAAUGGCGUCCUUCAAGUCGUCUCCAUAUUCAUCAUCUUCCCUAUCAAAUUCAAGAUCGGCAUACGACGUAUUCCUAAGUUUUCGAGGCGAAGACACUCGCAACAAUUUCGUCGAUCAUCUUUAUACGGCCCUAGUUCAAAGAGGAAUACAUGUGUUCAAAGACGAGAAGGCGCUCCAUAAAGGCAAAUCGAUCUCCAGGGAGCUGCUGAAAGCCAUUGAAGAAUCGAGGUACGCAGUUGUUGUUUUCUCUAGAAGUUAUGCCGACUCCUCAUGGUGUUUGGAUGAGCUUGUCAAAAUCAUGGAAUGCCAAGAUCAAAUGGGACAGAUGGUGUUGCCAGUGUUCUACCACGUCGAUCCAUCCCAUGUGCGUAGACAGAAAAGAGACUUUGAUACUGCCUUUCAGCAACACGAGGAAAAUUUUAGGGAGGAGAUGGAUAAAGUGCACAAGUGGAGGAAAGCUUUAGCUGCAGCUGCCAAUUUAUCUGGCUGGCAUGUUUCUGAAACAGGCAAUGGGGGUGAAUCUGCCAUUAUCAUCAAGAUUGUGGAAGAAAUCUUAGAUGGUAUACAACCACCCAUUAUGGAGAAAAAUCUAAUUGGUAUUGAGUCUCGUAUAGAUGAGUUAUAUUCAAUAUUGGGUAUGGCACAGACAGAAGAGGUGCGCAUGGUAGGGCUAUUGGGGAUGGGAGGAAUUGGUAAGACAACUAUUGUCAAAGCUUUAUUUCGAAGAAUUGCUCAUAAGUUUGAGGGUAGUAGCUUUAUUGAAGAUGUUAGAGAAAAUGGUUCUAGUAAAAAUGAUAUUUGUGGCUUACAAGAAAAUAUUCUAAGAGAUAUUCUAGCGUCACGUCGCGAGUUUUUUAUUAUGGGUCCUGAGCAGGGAGCCAACAUGAUACAAAGACUAAUUUUCAAUAAAAAGGUUCUUCUAGUUCUUGAUGAUGUGGAUGAUAUUAAGCAGUUAGAGUUCCUAGCUGCAACACAUGAGUGGUUUGGUCCUGGAAGUAGAAUCAUUAUAACCACUAGAGACGAGCAUUUGCUAUCAGGUGCAGAUGCCAAGUACAAACCUGAUUUUUUAUUUAUGAAUGAAGCAGUUGAGCUCUUUUGUAGGCAUGCUUUUGGGAAAAGUAGCCCUCCAGAAGGGUAUGAGGAGCUCUCACAUCGUGCAAUACGUUAUGCUAGUUGCCUUCCUUUAGCCUUGAAAGUUUUAGGCUCAUUCUUCCAUGGAAGACAACUAGGUGUGUGGGAAAGUGCUUUAAAUAGACUAGGAAAAACAUCAAAUGAUAAGAUUCUCGAGACACUGAAGUUAAGUUUUGAUGGGCUAGAUGUUUCUGAAAAACAAAUAUUCCUAGACAUCGCAUGUUUCUACAAGGGUAAAGAUGAAGAACAUGUAACUAGAGUACUCGAUAGCUUUGGUUUUGAUCCGGUGAUAGGGAUUAGUGUUCUUAUCGAAAAAUGUCUUGUAACCAUUUCAAAUAAAAAGCUAGAUAUGCAUGAUCUCAUACAGGAAAUGGGAUUUCGAAUAGUUCGUGAGAGUUCCCCAAAUAGCAGGCUAUGGCAACAUGAACAAAUCCGUGAUUUAAUCAAGGGAAACAAGCAGAAUCUAGAAGCAAUUGAAGCCAUCAUUUCGGACAGUGAAUACCACAUUGAUGACUAUGAUGCAAAGUUGGGUUUAAGUGCUGAUGUUUUUGAAAGCAUGAAAAAUCUUCGGCUACUUGAUAUUGAUGGGAAAUUCACUUCUACCCAACCUACAUAUCUCCCUGAUGAGUUGCGAUGGCUUUGUUGGAAUGAGUACCCAUUCUCGAUUCUUCCACUAGCAGAUAUGUGUAAGCUUGUUGGGCUGGAAAUGGCCGAAGGAAACAUUAAACAUCUAUGGGAGGGGCGAAAGAUUCUUCCGAACUUGAAAUUCAUUCACCUCGAAAGCUUGUGCAGCCUCACAUCGUUUCCAGAUGUCUCUGGGGCCCCAAAUAUUGAGAGGUUGAUUUUGUCAGAUUGUAGGAGUUUGUUGGAGGUUCAUGAGUCUCUUGGAUCUCACCAAAGGCUUGUUUACCUUGACAUGAGUGGUUGCAGGCGGCUCAAGCGUCUCCCAUCCAGGAUCAAGAUGGAGUCCUUGGAGACUUUAAUUCUUUCUGGAUGUAAGCGUCUUGAAAGAUUCCCAGAAGUCUCCCCAUGUAUGGUAAAAUUAUCACAUAUAAAUCUUUAUUCUUGUUCUGGAAUAAAAGAACUUCCAUCAUCAAUCAAAUAUUUGUCUAGCCUAAGUUUCUUGAAUCUCACAAACUGUUGGAACCUUAGGAAUAUACCAAACUCUAUUUGUGAGUUGAAGUAUCUUAAAUGCCUUCACCUUCACAACUGCGUGAAACUGAAAAAACUUCCAAAGAAGCUUGGAAGCAUGAAAAUAUUGGAAGAGCUUUGGUUAGGAUUUUCGGAUGACGUUGAAAGCAUGAAAAAACUGAAAGAGCUUCGGAUACGAUCUAUUUAUCAUAUUGGGGCGUUAGUAAGGCCUCAGAAGUCUAUUGGUUUUCAUAGUUUGACAAGUCUGUCUUCCUUGAGAACAUUAAAUCUAAGUUGGAGACAAAUUGAAGAGGGUAGCUUCCCCAAAAAUCUUGAUGCAUUUUCCUCGUUGGAAGAAUUAUAUUUAAGUGGCAACUCUAAGAUAGUCCAGUUACCUGCAAGCAUCUUCCAUCUUUCUCGUCUUAAACGGCUGGAGUUGAAUAAGUGCAGUCAACUUCAAAGUUUGUGUGUGCUUCCGUCAAGCAUACAAGAAUUGAAGGCAAAUGACUGUAUCUCGCUGAAAAAGAUCGGAAAUUUAUCAAAAGAGAGUGAAUGGUUGUAUAAGAUAUGGCUAAUUAAUUGUCAUAAACUGUUAGAAGACGAAGAGAAUCAUAGAUACCUUGAUGAGAUGUUGCAGAAAUCUUUUGUUGAGAAAUGUGCUGCUGUAAAUCAUCGUUUAAAUAUUACCAUUCCUGGAAGCAAGAUUCCAAGCUGGUUCAAAGAAGAAAAGCAUGGGUGCAGAAUAGCAUUGAAGCUUCCUCACAAAUGGCAUACCCAAAUCAUGGGUUUCGUGGUAUGUGGUGUGUUUCAUGGGGAGUGGCAGUCCGGAGCUAAUUUUCCUCGCAUCAUCUUUAGAAUUCUAAGUGACGGAAAGGUGAUUCCUACGUCAGAGGUUGAUUGUAUGAACAAUGCAACUGAAACAGACGAGAAUGGGAAUGCGUGGAUUAGCUAUAUCCCAUUGGGUUUUUUUCAGCAGAUGUAUCUUGAUCUCCAAUCUGAAGAUUGGUGCCAUAUUGAAGGUUAUCUUGACAUGACUGUAAUGCUAACAAAUGGAAAACAUUCUGUAAGAUGCGGGGCACAUGUUAUCUACAAAGAAGAUGUCCAACAAAUUACAACUUUUAUCUCUGACUAUGGGAACGUAGUGCAUGUUGAUAUUGAUAAGUAUAACAAGGAUCUAAGAUAUGAUGAAAUUAUAUCUGGCAACACCUACGUUUAUGAAGAAAUGUCUGAAGAGACGAGCCUGAUGCCUUUAAGAAGUAGAACGUCACAAAGGCGCAUCACGAAGAGCAUUUAUGCCAGCAUGUAUGCUAUGUAA